GUUUAGGGGCUCCUAAUACACUCCCCAUACACCCCAUUCGAACCCCCAAAGAGAUAAGAGAGCAAGGGAAUCCACACAACCCAAGAGAGAAGGAAGGAGGAGAGCAGUCCGCAGGUUCGUUCUUCAGUGCGUAGCUCUGAUUGUUUGAGCCAUAACUUGAGAUUUACUCAUCCAAAUAAGGCGUGCGAGAUACCAACAGAAAGCUCUCAAGACGAGGAAUCCGUGAAGGUCUGGUUUGCAUCAAUCGGAGUAGUGGAAGGCUUCCAAAUCGACCGAGCAAAACACGACCUCGCAGAAUACGUUUUUGUAUUCAAAGGUUAGGAAACGAUUUCGUCGGGAAACACCCGUUCUAGGGACUGUUUUUGUGUCCUCGGUUAGGAGUUGAACUAGCACUUUGAAGGGGCUGUUUAACACUCAAAUCCAAGCAAGGAAUCAGUUCUCAAUCUUCCUUGGCCAAAGCUUUGACCAUUGGAUCAAGAAAGAAAGGUUUAAAGCUCAUUUGAGGUUGAGGCUAGAGCUUGCUUCCUGUGCUCGUUGCUCGAGAGAUCAUAUAGGAGGGAAGACUUGGUUCGUGCUUCCUCCAUUCUGUUUUUAAAGAUUAAUAAACAUGCUCAUGGAUAUUUUACUAUAGAGCCUGCGUGCUCAUGAAUAGCCCUGUGUGGCCCCUUUUUGUUUUAAACAAUGUUCUCCGCUGCGUUGUGAAUUACUUAUUAUGUUUGUUUAUGGAUGUAUAUGUGUGAAUGAUAUUCAAGACGCCUUGUAUAAUAUGAAUGAGUUGGACUGCGGUUGACUAUUCGUAUUGUACGGCGGGUUGUUGACGUGUCCGGAUAGGUCCGGGGCGUGACAAUUAAGUUGGUAUCAGAGCCUUAGUCCAUAAACUUCAUAAUGAAGUCUCAAAAUCCUCUUUUUGAAAAGAUUUUGAAAACCAUGAGCAUAGAAGUUUUGUACUUGGAGAGCUUUUGGUACUUGGGUUGCAAGGUCUCUAAUAGUUAAGAUGGUACCCUUAGCAAUUGGUAUGGCGGUGACUCGAGCCAAAAUGUGUCUUAAGUACCUAUCCGUCAAUUGACAUUUGAUACGAGUCUAACGACUCUUUCCAAAUUUCUUUCAGAAAUGGACCGUGGUGGCAGGAUUACUAGGAGAAACCCGACGGGCCGUGUACCAGUGGAGACUGGACAGGGCAGUCGAAGGACCUCUAGGGCAUCUAGAGGAGCUGGCCGUGGAGGCCGAUCACAGACCGUGAGUGACGGUCAUGUCGACACAGAAAGUGAAACCUACUGGUCCUAUGAGGACUCGACUUACCAACCGGAAACCGAGCCGGUUGAGACCCCUUACGAAGGGGAUGACGAUGAUGUGAGUGAUGAAGAAGGGGAGAACGACUCCCUAGCAAGAAUUGAGGCGCUGCUCCAGCAAUAUCAGCGGGAGCGCGAGGAAAGGAGGGAACGCCGAAGGCGCCGAGGAGGGCGAACUUCGGGUGGGGCUUCAAGAGGAAGAAGCCAUGGCGACUCUAGGGCCCACAUUGAACCACAUGGGGGCCGGGGUGAUGAAGGUCCGAUCAUAAGGAUCUCCAAAUACCUCAAGGAGGCACGAGACUUGGGGUGCAAACCCUUCAACGGAGCGGGCGACAUCUCGGUCGCCGCGGAAUGGAUCAAGAGGUUGAACGAAGCAGCCCUUGAUAUGCAACUCACCCCCGAAUUUAAACUAAGGGUGGCGGUGAGAUUGCUUGAAGGGAUGGCAUCCACAUGGUGGGACGGAGCCAAGGGAAAGUAUGGCAAUACCGUGACUUGGGAGAAUUUCCGACAGGAGUUCUUUGCCCAAUACUAUUCUGAUUUUGAGGUGAACAAUAAGAGGAGAGAGUAUACCCUCCUAACCCAAGGUGGCAAGAUGACGGUGAGGCAACUUGAACACAAAUUCAGGGAACUCGCGGAGUUCAUACCGGAGUAUGUCUGUGAUGAGAACCGGAUGGUAAAUCACUUCUGGGAUGCCUUAGACUUGGAGGUGCGUGAGAGGGCAACGCAGUUGCCUAACAUGACCUUUAGCCAGGUGGUCGAGCAGGGAUUGAAAGGGGAGAAGGAAUGGGAAGAAAGAAAGAUGAAGAACGCCGAAGAGGCGAAGAAGAGAAAAUGGGAGAGUCACGGCUCCCAAGGUUCCAACAAAAAGGGGAACCAUGGAGGGGGAUCUUUCCGUGCACUGCCGCCACCAUCUAGGGGGAACCAGGGCUCGAGUAGGCAUGACUCGGGGUCACAAGCCUCGGGGACGCCUCGUUGCUUGAAUUGCAAGAAGAGUCACCUCGGAAAAUGCUGUGAACCUCCUAGAUGCUUUCAAUGCGGGAACACCGGGCAUUUGAAGGCACAUUGCCCACAAUUGGGUGGGCCAAGGUCAUCGGGACCAAGUAGCGGGGCUACGGGAACAAGAAACCAAGCCGGGGGUUCCCAAGUAACCAGGGGGCAAGGGGGAGCAAGCGCGAGCAACGCGCCGUCCGUGAACCAAGGAAGGACCCAGGCUAGGGUCUACGCGAUGACGGAGGCGGAUGCUCAAGCUAACACGGAUUCCGUUGCAGGUAUUACCUCUCGUAUACUUGUGUUUUAUCCUUAAUUAGCCCAUAAGUUAAGGUUACUAAUCGUUAGGAUCUUUGCACAAGGUUUUGGGGUCGAACCGGGUUAUUCCGAGCUACUUCAGGCGGCUGGAACCCAGGCACGAUCGUUCCUAAGGCAGACACGAUCGUGCCUCCAAGUCAGUAGCUGCCCAGGAAUUUCCCCAGCCCAGGCACGAUCGUGCCUAAAGCAGACACGACCGUGCCUACAAGGCAGUAGCUGCCCAGGUAAUUUCCCAACCCAGGCACGAUCGUGCCUAAGGCAGACACGAUCGUACCUCCAAGGCAGUGGCACCCUGGGCGUUUUCCCAAGCCAGGCACGAUCGUGCCUACCCCAGGCACGCCGUGCCUGGCACCCAGAUUGCCGAAACCCGAUUUUUCGCACCGUUUUGCGACGUUAAGACCUCUUCUUGAUCCCUAACGUGUGUGUGAACAUUGCAACCUUCUAUAAAUGAGUAGGGAGGGUAGGAAAGAUGUCUUACAUGGUUCAUGAAUGUAGGGACACUAAAGAUUAAUGGGAAGGAUGCGCGAAUCCUUAUCGAUACCGGGGCGCAACGUUCAUUUGUGAAUGAAGCGUUCGCCAAGAGGUUGGAAGUGCAAUCUGCACCAUUGAUGCAAACCUUAGUGGUAUCAACACCACUAGGGGAAGACGUUGAAAGAAACAAUUACUAUCCAUCUUGUGGGGUGGAGGUUAAUGGUCAAACCUUGGUGUGUGACUUCGUACCGCUGAGCAUGAUUGAAUUCGAUGCAAUCCUAGGGAUGGAUUGGCUAGAAAGGAACCAUGCCAGGGUAGAUUGCUACACGAAGGUUCUUGAACUCGAAGGCAAUGAUGGGGAGACCCUACGCUUCGAGGGCGAUCGAGGGAGAUCAAAUAGCUGUAUCAUAUCCGCCGUGAGAGCGAGAAGUAUGAUGAGAAAGGGAUGCCACGCAUAUCUAGCAUACGUGGUCGACAAAACCAAAGAGGAAACGAACAUCGAUGAUGUGAGGGCGGUUUGUAAGUAUCCGGAUGUCUUCCCUAAAGACCUACUGGGGCUUCCACCUGACAGAGAGAUUGAAUUUGUGAUCGAGGUCGAGCCUGGUACUAAACCAAUCUCCAUACCGCCAUACCGUAUGGCACCCGCUGAACUUAACGAGUUGAAAACCCAAUUGCAAGAGCUUUUGGAUAAUGGUUUCAUUAGACCAAGCCACUUCCCGUGGGGAGCACCAGUUCUUUUUGUGAAAAAGAAAGAAGGGACACUUCGAAUGUGUAUUGAUUAUCGUCAACUGAACAAGGUCACAAUCAAGAAUAGGUAUCCUUUGCCUGGAAUUGAUGACUUGUUUGAUCAACUACGAGGGGCAACCGUGUUUU